CACACACACACACACACACACUGAGAGACUGAGAGAGAGAGAGAGAGAGAGAGAGAUCGAUCCGGGUUGUUUGCAUUGUUCCUCAGUCUCAGCUCGGAGAGCAUCUCACGAGGGCGUCUGCUACAAAACCUGUAGCGAAAGAGAACAAUCUCUGAAGUGCUUUUUGAAAAAGAAGCAACUAAGGCAGUUGUUCUCGAUCUGGCCGUGUUAACCGGCCGUUUCAGCACCUCGAACAGCGCACACAAUGGCUCCGGUAAACGCGGAAGAUGGGCAUGUCGCAGAGGUCCCAGUGAGUGUGGCCAUAGUCAGCGUCUUUGGUCUUGUCUUCAGUGUUUCUGCCUUUGCCUGGAUUUGCUGCCAACGCAAGACCAACAAAAGCAGCACCAAGACUCCUCCAUAUAAAUUUGUCCACAUGCUCAAGGGUGUAGACAUCUACCCCGAGAGCUUAAAUGGCAAGAAAAAAUUUGCUGGAGAGAAGAUGCCAGACCCAGUGCAAGGAAAGAUAAGCCCAAGUCCCAGCAGCACACGCCCAGCACUUCAUCUUGACCUGGAAAAACGAGACCUAAAUGGUAAUUUUACAUUUGUGCCACCUGUCGCCCAUCCCAAAGUGCGAAGCUCUCCAGACUUGGACAUCCCCUCCCCACACCCUGGCUUCAGACAGGGGGGAUAUCAGGAGGAAGAAAUCUCAGAGAGUAAUGUCUCCAGCCAAAUACCCACCCCAGCUCUGGACAAGGUCCAGGACAAGGAUAGUGGCGUAGGCACACUUUCCUUCUCACUUGAAUAUAACUUUGAGAAGAAGGCCUUUGUUGUUCAUAUUAAGGAGGCGCAUGGCUUGUCUGCCACUGAUGAGCAGUCCCUGACCUCUGACCCUUACAUUAAGCUCACUUUGCUCCCUGAGAAGAAGCACAAAGUGAAGACACGGGUGCUCAGGAAGACUCUAGAUCCAGCUUUUGAUGAGACCUUCAGCUUUUACGGCAUUCCAUAUGCUCGUGUCCCUCAGCUGGCUUUGCACUUCAUGGUGCUGAGCUUUGAUCGGUUUUCUCGUGAUGAGGUCAUUGGAGAAACGCUCGUUCCAUUGGCUGAUGUCGACCUGGCCGAGGGGAGGGUCCUAAUGAGCCGUGACAUCAUCAAGAGGAAUGUAAGGAGGAGUGCAGGAAGGGGAGAGCUGCUACUGUCCCUGUGUUAUCAGUCAACCACCAGCACUCUCACUGUGGUGGUUCUUAAGGCUCGCCAUCUCCCCAAGAUGGACCACAAUGGACCCUCUGACCCCUAUGUCAAAGUAAACAUGUACCAGGGCAAGAAACGUGUAUGCAAGAAGAAGACUCAUGUGAAGAAGUGCACGCCAAACCCUGUCUUCAAUGAGCUCUUCGUCUUCGACGUGCCUUCGGAGGAGGGCCUGCGUGACACCAGUGUGGAGCUUCUUCUGCUGGAUUCUGAUAGGACCGCCCGCACUCCUGUCAUCGGCCGCCUCCUCCUGGGCACAUCCUCCCCAGGCACUGCUGGCGAGCACUGGCGUGAGAUCUGUGACCAUCCACGGCGUCAGAUUGCUAAGUGGCAUGCGCUGGCUGAAGACUAGCUCAUGGCACAUGACACAUGUUCAAGAACUGUUAGAAUACAAUGGAAAUGAAGUGGGACUUCUGGGGUUUAGGGGACUUCUUAUGAGCGAUGUCACCUGCUGGCUAUGUAAUUAAGAUGGGGCUUCUUCCAAAGGGAAGAGUCAACUGUAUCCAGCCAAUCAAUGAUUCCAAAGACAAUCCGUGACACCCAUUGAUGAUUCUGUUCAUAAUUCAUAUGAUAUCUAAUUGGUCACCACAUUGUGCAGUUUCAAAUGUCAUGUCUCUAUCGCUGUUCGCUGCUCAAUAUCAAUAUCAGUGUAUGGAAAAAUGUGAAAAAAGAUACAUACAACAGUUACUCUGAAUAUAUAUGUAAAUAUAUGUGGAUGAACCUUAUAUUUUGUAAAGGCCUUUUAUUUUAUCAAAAUUCAUUCUCUUUUAACAGAUCUAUUCUCUUUUUUGUACUUCAUUUAUUCAUUUUGGUUCAGGGUAUUUUGCCUGUGUUUUUGUAAGUUAAAGUGGCCGGUCAUAUCUCAUAUUUCAGCUAUGUGGAGGUAGCCUAAAUUAGGCCAACCUUUAUGAACAAUGGACUGCAUGAACUAAAGAAACCUGUUUGUAUGGGAGCUUUUUCUCUCUAUGUAUGUGUGUGUGUGUGUGUGUGUGUGUGUGUGUGUGAAAGAGAGAGAGAGAGAGAGACAGAGAGAGAGAGAGACAGAGAGAGAGACAGAGAGAGAGACAGAGAGAGAGGGGGGGGGAGAUUGUUUUACAUUGAGCACAAUAGAAGAAUGUAAUGUACAUGUACCUUAAUAUAAAAUGUCAAGUUCAGAGAAA